AUGUCUCUCUCCAUCCGAGCCGAAUCUGCCGAAAAGGCAGGCGACGACUUACACAUCUGGAAAGCUGUGGGUAAUCUCUACCACCCCAUUGCCAACCCAACAGGUUUUGCGACUUUAGGUGUGUCGGAGAACACUUUGAUGGCUCGUGAGCUAUCGGAGCAUAUGCAAAAACUUUUCAAGUUGCCAGUUCAUUCAUUUACCUAUGGAGAUGGCAUGACCGGAUCCAAGAGGAUCAAGGUAGCUCUUGCUGCAUUCCUCAACCAACAUCUGCGGCCUUCAAAACCCCUGAAGCCAGCGCAUUUUAGAAUCACAAAUGGCUGCAGUUCUGCCGUUGAACAUCUUGCCUGGGCCGUCGCAAAUACCAGUGCCGCCUUUUUACUUGGUCAGCCCUACUACAACACCUUCGUUCCUGACCUGGUCCUCAGAACUGGCUGCAAGGUCAUUCCGGUAGACUUUGGAACCACCGAUCCCAUGGCCCCUGAGGCAAUCAGUCACUACCAACGUGCUCUUGAAAUGGCAGCUGCUGCGGGCCAGCGAGUCGCGGGCCUUGUUAUCUCGAAUCCACACAAUCCCAUCGGCAGAUGCUACUCUCGCGCCAGCCUGCUUAGCCUCAUGAGCUUCUGCGGCAAGAACGAUAUGCACUUCAUCAGCGAUAAAAUCUACGCCCUAUCGGUAUGGGAAAACAAGGUGGACCAAGGAUUCAAACAAGUGCCUUUCGAAUCGUGCCUGUCACUCAGUUCAAAUGGCUUGCUGGCACCCGACCGAAUCCAUACAAUCUGGGGUAUGUCGAAAGACUUUGGCGCGAACGGACUGCGGAUCGGGACUGUCAUCUCUCAGUCCAAUCCGUCUCUGCACAAAGCGUUAGUGGCGGUUGCUCUUUACAGUUCUCCAUCUUCUGCAUCAGAUCACAUCGCAGCGAACAUGCUCGAAGAUGAGAAAUGGUCAGACUCAUUCAUCCGAACAAACAGGAUAAGGCUUGCCGACAGGUACGACCUUGUAGUGCGCUGGGCGAACAGCCAUGGCGUUCCCUACGCGGCUGGGACGAGAGCGGCCUUCUUCCUCUGGGCUGAUCUCGGCAGUGUUUGGAAAAGGCACAAUCCUAGAACUGUGAAGGACGAGGAGCUAGAUGACUUCAUGAUGAAACUCUUCCUGGAAUACAGGGUGUAUGUCUCUUCAGGAAAAGACUUCGGGUCUGAGAGCGUUGGGUGGUUCCGUAUUGUGUUCUCUCAGUAUGAAGUCCAGUUGCUGACUGGACUGGAGAGAGUUGCUGCCGCACUGAAGUCCGGAGUAACGGUUGAAUUAUAA